UUCCUCUUUUUAUCCUUAAAAGAAAAAAAAAAUUCUUUUGAAAGGCAGGACUGAGUCUUGAUUCAGAGUCUGUCAGACGCAGCUAGUAAUUCAACAGCCUUUUUAAAAAAUCGCAUUUAUUUGAAUCUGCUCUUUGAAAACUAUAUGAAGUUUUCCUUUACAAUAGCGACCUGGCUUUUCUCUUAAAUGCCACUUUAAAAUGUGAAGUAAAAUAAUUGAGUCGAUUUAAGGAAACCGUAAGAACUUCAAGGACGCUCACCUAGGGAGACACAGCGACCUGCUCACCCGGGUCCCACCGCGGGCCUUGCGAACUGGACUGCGCACGCGCAGAGGCCACCGGCUGCUGUUUGUUGGUUUCUAUGGCUACGAAGCCUCGCUGCUUGAGACCUAAAAGGGAGAAAAUGAAGCUCAAGAGCCUCCUGCUGCGGUAUUACCCGCCAGGAAUUAUGUUGGAGUAUGAAACAAAUGGAGUUUUAAAGACCAAAUCAAUUGAUUUACUUGAGCUUGAUCCCAGCACUGAUGUGGACGCUUUAGUAGAAGAGAUCCAGAAAGCAGAGCCUCUGAUCACGGCUUCAAGAACGGAGCAGGUGAGACUGUUAGUGCAGAGGCUGCAGGCCAAGCUGGGGCAGAACGGCAGCCACGUCUUCUACCUUUUCAAGGUCCUCAGAGCACAUAUAUUGCCGUUGACUAAUGUCGCACUUAACAAAUCAGGAACAUGCUUUAUCACAGGAAGCUACGAUCGGACAUGCAAGGUCUGGGACACCAGGUCCGGAGAGGAGCUGCGCACCCUGGAGGGCCACGGGAAUGUGGUCUACGCCAUAGCAUUCAACAAUCCUUACGGCGACAAAAUCGCCACUGGGUCCUUUGAUAAGACGUGUAAACUGUGGAAUACAGAAACAGGAAAAUGUUACCACACCUUUAGGGGACAUACAGCAGAAAUAGUAUGUUUGUCAUUUAAUCCUCAAAGCACGCUGGUAGCUACUGGAAGUGUGGACACCACGGCCAAGCUGUGGGACAUUAAGAGUGGAGAGGAAGUGUUCACUCUAAUGGGGCAUUUGGCAGAAAUCAUUUCCUUGGCAUUUGACACCUCAGGAAACAGAAUCAUCACAGGGUCCUUUGAUCACACAGUCAUAGUGUGGGACACUUCUACUGCAAGGAAGGUGCACACCUUGAUCGGCCACUGUGCUGAGAUAAGCAGUUCUGUAUUCAACUGGGAUUGCUCUCUAAUACUAACUGGCUCCAUGGAUAAGACCUGCAUGCUGUGGGAUGCUACAAAUGGGAAAUGUGUGGCAACCUUGACAGGCCACGAUGAUGAAAUUCUAGACAGCUGCUUUGAUUAUGCUGGGAAGCUUUUUGCAACUGCUUCAGCUGAUGGAACAGCGAGAGUUUAUAAUACGGCCACAAGGAAAUGCAUCUCCAAACUGGAAGGUCAUGAAGGGGAAAUUUCAAAGAUUUCUUUCAAUCCGCAGGGGAACCGUCUUUUGACUGGCAGCUCUGACAAAACAGCUCGAAUCUGGGAUGCACACACUGGCGAGUGCCUUCAGAUUCUUGCAGGGCACAUGGAUGAAAUCUUUUCAUGUGCUUUCAACUAUAAAGGCGACAUAGUCAUCACAGGUAGCAAAGAUAAUACCUGUAGGAUAUGGUGUUGACUGAAGAAAUUCACCGGUGAGCAAACUCAUGAGCAGUUAUGAGUAAAAUUACAACCAAGACGGAGAGCUUCCCAGGACAAGCAAGCUAUGUUCAUUUUUCACAAGCUUUCUCUUUGUAUACAAGCACUCUGCCCUUAACCUGAUGUAUCUGACUAUUAAAUCUGGUGAAGUUUUGUGAAUUCUUGAUAUUAUUUGAUGGGCAUGAUUUCAUAUUAUUUAGUGAAUGCCACUGGUUAUUUCAGUUGUGUUUUAUUUUAAUAGCAGCACAAUGCUGAUGAGUAAAAAAAGAACAAUUUAACAAUGCGUCUCCUAGAUUCUAUUUUCAUAACUAUUGUUAUAAUUUCUGUUGAAUAAAGUUUUCUUCUAAAAAAAUUUCUUAUGAACUGAAUGUCUGUGACAUGUUUUAGGGUGAUAUAAAGAAAAUAAAAUGAUGCUUUUUAAAGUGGAAAAUAUACUCUAGAUUGGUAGAAGGCUGAAAAAAGUAUAAGCAGGUUGAUCUCUAAGCAAAAUUUAAACAGAAUGAAUUACAGAAUUUAAAAAUCUGGAUGGAAAAUAAAUGAAGUGUGAGAGAAAAUAAUCAUAUAUCAAUCUGAGUAUGGAUGGAAUACUAAAAAGUAUUUUUAAAAAGAUUGUAAAACUGCUCAAAUGCCCAUUAAACAUUAAUGUUAAAAGUGAAGGCACGAGCUAGAAUUAAUGAUGCCUAAAUUUAGAACAAGAAAAUAUAUGAGAAUCUUUCAGAAUUUUUUUAAAAAAGCUUUUUUGAGAUAUAACCGGUAAGUGAAAAAUUGCAAAUACGUAAUGUAUACUUUGAUGAGUUUGGGCUGUGUACAUGCCUGUGAUACCACUAUCACAACCAAGGAACUAAAGAUGUCUAUUACUUCCAGCAAACAAUAUUGUUUCUUUGUUGUGAUCAGAAUACUUAACAUGAGAUCUAGCCUGUAUUUAAAGUAUAGAAUAUUGUAUUGUUAACUAUAGAAACUGUGUUUAGCAUAUCUCUAUUACUCAUUUUCUUUAAUACAGGUAGUAGUCUGUAAUCUCAUUAUCAAUUCAAUUUGCCCCUGGAAAUGGAAACAAUUUUCCAGUGAUUUACCCUGGCUUCCUUCUGCUCUGUCCCAUUACUUCUUCCUUAAAUAGCCCAUUUAUGUAUUGUAUAGUUUAUAAGAUUUUUGCAUAAAGUAGGACGCGUAACUCAAAUUUAGUGAUAAUGACAGGUGGAGAAGUCUGUAUAACUUUGAGUCUUUUCCCUCUCUCCCCUACCUCUCCUCUAUUUCCCUCUGGAACAUCUAAGUUUUAUAAGAAACUCACAGGAUGCUUUUAUUUCCUACUAACAUGAAAAGGAGUGCACAUUACUGGAACAUCAAGAAAGAGAAAUUAUGUGUUACAGAGUCUGUGGAAAGAAGUGGCUCUGAGCUCAGUAAUUACAGGCACAUCUCAGCGUUUUACCAGUUACAGGGCGUAAGCAUUGUGUUUAAUAUUCUAUACACAAUUAAGUAGUUUUCAGUUACAGUAUGGGUCUUUCUUGUAUGUUGCUAGACGAGUCAUCCUGCUAUGUUCUUAGAUCUUAUUUGAGCUACUUUAUGAACUCAUUACAGUUUUAUUGAAUGACAUAAGUGUAAAUAUGGUUAAUUUCUUCCCAACUACAUGCUACGUAUCUUUCAUAGAAUAUAUACCAGCAAUCAAUAAAUGAACACUAGUAAAAAAAAAAAAGAAAUUUACAAUAUGGGUCUCUACCUACAAUAUUGAGGGAACAUGAUAAAGUUAUAGUUGUGGGCUCCCUAAAUUACACAUCAGUCAAAACCACCAAUUUCUCUCAGUACUAAAUUUCUUCCUGUGUUUGGAAUUUCAGAGUGUGUUAUCUAGGAUUUUUAAAAUGAGUUUGUGACUGAUUUGUGGACCUGCAAAGAUGAACACUCUAGAAAAGGUAUCUGGAAGCUGUCAGUACUGUGCGGGUGAGGAUGCUGCUCAUUUUGCUUUUUGAGAAAUUUCAAAGGUGGGGAUUUGAAUGAAGUUGCCUUUGCAAGUCCUUUCUUGGGAUAUUAAUCAAGUAAUCGCCACCACGAAUGUUCGUGUAUUUUAUUGAACAGUGAAGAGAACAUUACUCGCUCUGAUGACAAGUGGAACAUAUCAUUCUCACACGUCUAUUUGUUCUCUCAUCUCAGCAGGUGGCAGUGUUUAUCUUUUGGCUGAUAAGUUCUUGUUUUUGUUAUAGCUACAGAGUAUGAAGAGCAAAGGUUUUAUUCUGUAUCUUUUCAGGUCAGAGUCAUGUGGGGAUAUAGAACAGCACUCAGACUGUGGUGUACUUUAAAGCUUAGGACUAUCUUGGCAGAUCUGGGGCAAACGAGGCAUCUCAUUAAUUCUGCUGCACGACCCUGAUACUUUCUCAUCUACUCACAAGGACAAAGACCAGUAGGGUACGUUAGGAGAUGAUUUCAUUUUUCCAUAUAGGUCCCUUUGUUGGGGACCAGUUUAUGAUAAUUUAUCUUAUAAUGACAUAGCCUAUCAAGGAAUCCAGUACUCAUUUAUAACUUUCAACACUAAUAUUUGAUGGGAGUAAAUGUAAACUCUUUUAACAUUUUAGUAAAGUUUCGCACAACUUCAGAGAAUUGAGAGUCUGAACACCAUGAGUAUUUUGAAUUUUAAUAUUUUAUGUAACUAAACCUAAAGGGUUACACUGGUUUGAUUGUCAAAGAAAGUAAAUCAGUGGGCAGACUAAAAGUCUGCUUACUCGUAAACUAUGGCAAGAGAUAUCACUGUUGUCACUUUCACUACAGCAGGAGAUCAGAGAUUCCAAGGAGAGUCAGUUUCUAGAGCGGAAGGGGGAUGUCGGAGUGGGUUCUCACUGGAGAGCUUCGGAAGUGGGGAAACUUCCCGUCUGGCCUUCAGCUCCCAGUGAGGAGAUUAGACAGUAAUUUGGAGAUUUCAGAGGGAGGAAAGAUAGAUAGAUAGAUAGAUAGAUAGAUAGAUAGCACAUGUGCCCAUUUCUGACAUGAAGAAGUCAGUGCUUUUUUUUUUUCUCAUCAGACUUUCACAGUGGCCCUCGUCUGUGACGAGGAGGGGGCAGAGACAGCUGCCAGGACAGCUAGCUCCCCAUGAGCGACAAUAUUGUGGUGAUUGACUAUAUGGACUCUGGAAUCACAAUGCCUGUGGUGUUAUCUUGCUCUUCCACUUUUCGACUCUGGGACCCUGAGAAUUCCAACACCUCAUGAGAGUAUUACCGUUUUCUAAACUGAAACUAACAAUAGUGUGGAGGGAAUUGGUGCUGAUUAAAUGAAUUACUAGACACAUGAAGAGCUUGAUACAUAGUUAGCGCUCAACAAAUGGUAGCUAAGAUUUGUGGAGACUGUUUAAAGGGCAUGGAUUUAAUUGAUGUAAGGUCUAGGAAAGGAUCUGCAGAUUUCAGGCAAAUUUUCUCAUUAAUAUAUUAUGUCCUUGCUGUAACGUGUUCCAAUUUACUUUUCCCUUGGAAAGAAAAGGGAAGUUUAAUAAAUGCAAUGAAUGGUUUGAGUGAGCAUCUCUCAUGAAUUCUUACGCACUCAGAGAUCUGAGUAAGGUUUCAGCUCAUCUUAAUCUAUGUGCUGUUCAAAAGUCUUAAUCAGCCCAAUUUCCCUGUACUUUUCCCCAGAAGUUGUUGAAUUUCUAAGCACAUUAUAAAACUUCUUCUAGCCUACCCUGGAAUGGAAAUCAUUGUUGGUGAGGAGGGAGAUGUAAAUAUCACUAAUUAAAUUGAAUUUUAAAAUUCUUCUUGAAACCUUCCCCCUUGAGAUGAUAAUCUUUUAUUAGAAAAAUUAGAAUUUGUCAAAUACCUGAAAAUCUCUUGAAAAGGUGGAAGCAUUCAUCAGGGUGUUUCUGAUAUGUUUAUUCAAAUUUCAGUGAUUCAGGUCUGCUGGAGGGGCUGACAAUUCCCUAAAAUUUGAAUUACAAUUGCUCUCACUGCCUGAUGAAGGACAGUGACAGCUGUAUUACCAUAGGUCCUUCUGUUGGAAGGUCCUUCAGCAUUUAGGGUUUAGUUUUAGGCCAGACGUUUAAGGGUCGUCUGGAAAGGAAGAGUUUGUGGUGUGGCUCCUGGUUAAGUACUUUAGUUUUUACUUAUAAGCUUUGCUAUUUGCAAGUAUUUCUAGGACACACGCUCUCAUUUUUAAUUAUGGAAAUCACCAAUUCCAGAAAGAAUGCCUGAAUUUCUGCUUAAUUCAAAUACAGCCCUCCCUCCCCCCCACGUUUUUUUCCCCAAAGGAGCGUGUGUUCCUAGACUGGAGGAUGAUACCAGACAUUUUUCCCCAGGUAAGAAUAGGUGUGUUUUCUAGAUAUACUUCAGGCAAAAGGACAAGUACAUUUGUCUUUUAGACCAGAGACUUUUUUUAAAACUUUACCUAGUAGAAAAGCAAUUAGACCUUUGAGAGUGUUUGAAUAACUGAAGAUCAUGGCUUAGCUAAGUAGACAAACAGUACUAAUCAUCACAGGGAAGAACAUUCAACAACCCAUUCCAAACUAUCCCACAUUCUAGGAAAGAGACAAAGCCAUUUUCUAUAGACUGAAAAAGUCAAUAUGCAGUGGACCCAGUUAAGUUCUAUGGAGAAUCUACAGUGACCUUUUUGGAUCACUUCCCCGUCAGAUAAAUGUCAUUGGCCAGCACUCUCCCAGUCUGUCCUGGGUCUGCCCAUCUCUGAAGGAUGGUGACUUGAUGGGGAAAGGGAAGACAGGCUGUGCUGAGUAGGGUCCUGCUUUUCAGAUAGACAGCUGCUGUGUGUGGUGCCCCCAUUUCAUAAGGAGGUCAUCUGGAGGAGACUUCCACAGGAUGGAUGCUCCCUGAAGUCUUUCUCCAGGAACAGUGGAGAAUGAGGAUAUGUUUAUGGCAGACUGGCUAGGAGGCAGGUUCAUGUUCAUUCAGAAGCUAAACUUUCAUUAGAGUCACUUGAUUGCUACUUAGAUUUCACAAAACUUUCCAGUUGAAAAAUCAGAUUUAUAUACCCAAGUUGUUCCAAUCAUAUUUAAGAGUUGUUCAACAGCUAGAAUGAGCACCAAGCACUGUUAUUAUUUUCUCUAAUGGUUGCACCCAUUUUAACAGGCCUGGUUUACCUUUAUAGAGUUCAUUUGCCUUUGAUAGAAAUCAUUUGUGUGAUUGCAUUUGUUCAAGUUAAUUUCUAUAGCAACUCUAUAUUAGGAAGAUGGAGUUAAUAAAUAAUAUUAGAACUCCCAUUCAUUGGCCACACUUCAAGUACUCACCCACCACAUGAGAAUAAGGGUUACUUCUAUUGUAUAUGAGAUGUCGUCGCUGCAUAAUGUGAUCAGAUGUAUUUACAGAAGUUGCUCUGUAGUCAAAGCAAGGGAGUCAUCAAGCUCAGCGCUGUUGACAUUUACAUUUUCUCUGCCUGGCUUUUAAUCUCACACUUUGUGGUUACACUCACACAAACAUGAUAGAGCCAAGGAGCUGCUGUGUUUCUUGAUAUGUCAACAUUUGAUUGCCCUUUCUGUGUAAAGCACUCAAAUAUUUGCUGAAUGAUUGCUUACUUCAUACUCUACUUAUGUGUAGCUCCAAGAUAAUAUUUGAAAGUUGUUUCAACUUGAGUGACUUUUUAAAAACACGUGUUCAAUGAAAAUAAAGACUAAAGUAAGCUCCAGUAUA